AUGGACGGAAAGCCCUUUAUGAAGACUGUCGUGUUGAAGGUCCUCAUCAGGAAACCAGAAAGGCCUAACAGCGCCAGUCGAGCGACGGAGCAACGACUGCGAGGUUACCAUCUAGUGUUGGUUGGGGCUCACAAUCUGCAAGAACACAACAUAAGCCUGGUUCGCUGGGGUCAGUGUCAGGACCUGAUCGGGGUUAAACACAGGCUCUUUCGCGGAAAAUCGGACUGUCCCCGGUGCAUAAGCCCUCACGAUUAA